GAUAGCAAGCGUUUACUUGAUCGUGGAGGAGAUCCUCUAAUAGUAAGACCUUGUUUCUAAUCAAUUGUGACUUGGUUUUUCCGACCGAAGAUAUAUUUAUAUUAAGUGGUGACAAUCACAUAUUGCCUGUCCUUGUAUAUAUGUGUCUAUAUAUAGACACACCAAAACACGAAGUGAACAUAAUAUAUUUUGAUUCCUAUUCAUACUACUUGCAACUCCUCUUUCAUAUUGCAUUACAUACACACGUCAUAUACAUCUAAAAAUAUAUUUCAGCUAUAUAUCUUCAUGUUAUCAAAUAUAUUUGCAGAGCUAUGUAUAGCUCCAAACAAAAUCAAGGCCAAUAAGAAGGUCAAUAAUGUUUCAUCUGAUGAAACAUAUCUUGAUCUUUGCAAUUUCUCAGAGUCUUUGAAGUCCUUUAAAGUGUUAUUCGAGACAACACUUCCAUGUAAUGAAUCUGUGGAAGAAAAACUAUGUUGGAUUCGGUCAGAAAUCAUAGGCAACGAUGUAGAAUUCAACUCUCCAUUUGGUAAACGAAAACUUGUCUAUGCUGAUCACACAGCUUCUGGUCGCAGUCUUCAUUUCAUUGAAAACUUCAUCGCCAAACAUCUUCUUCCUUUCUACGGAAAUACCCAUACUUGUGAGAGUUAUGUUGGAAACAAGACAACAAAAAUGGUACAUGAAGCAACCGAAUAUAUUAAGAAAUGUUUAGGUGGCGGGGAAGAUGACGCCCUUAUGUUAUGUGGCUCGGGCGCAACCUCAGCCAUCAAGAGACUUCAAGAAGUUAUGGGAAUCGUCGUGCCUUCUAUUUUGAGGGAAAGAAUGUUGAAGUGUCUUGACGAAGAAGAAAGAUGGGUGGUUUUUGUCGGACCUUAUGAGCAUCAUUCAAAUUUACUUUCUUGGAGGCAGAGUUUGGCUGAGGUUGUAGAGAUUGGUCUAGAUGAUAAAGGGCUGCUCGACAUGGAAGCUCUAAAGCUACGGCUUGAAGCCUAUAAAGAUACGAAUCGACCCUUGUUGGGAUCUUUCUCAGCUUGUAGUAAUGUCACUGGAAUUUACACAGAUACACGAGCAAUUGCUAAGCUUCUUCAUCAAUACAAUGGAUUUGCAUGCUUUGAUUUUGCAGCAAGUGGUCCAUAUGUGGAGAUUGAUAUGAGGUCAGGGCAGAUUGAUGGGUAUGAUGCUGUGUUCAUCAGCCCACAUAAGUUUCUUGGUGGACCUAGCUCUCCAGGAGUGCUAUUAAUGAACAAAGCCUUGUAUAGGUUGGGAUCUUCACCUCCAUCUACUUGUGGAGGUGGAACUGUUAAUUAUGUCAAUGGCUUCGACGAAAAGGAUACAUUAUACAUGGAGGACAUAGAGGAAAGAGAAAAUGGGGGCACACCUCCAAUAAUCCAAACAAUGAGAGCAGCAUUGGCAUUUUGGGUGAAAGAAUACAUCAACUAUGAAGAGAUUGAAAAAAGGGAACAACUCUACAUUAACAAAGCACUUAAGAGACUCAUGCCUAAUCCAAACAUUGAGAUUUUAGGGAACAUAAGCACCAAAAGACAAGCUAUUUUAUCAUUUGUGAUCUAUUCUACCACCAAUAUAACUAAGAUACUUAGUGGCUCUUUUGUUGCAACAUUGUUAAAUGAUCUAUUUGGCAUUCAAGCUAGAGGUGGAUGUGCUUGUGCUGGACCUUAUGGCCAUGAUUUGCUUAAUAUCAAUGAAUCUCAAUCUCUAGCCGUUAGAUCGGCAAUUCAAAAGGGUUACAUUGGUGUGAAACCCGGAUGGACGAGAGUUAGUUUUCCUUAUUACAUGGGUGAAGAGGACUUCGAGUUCAUUUUAGCUGCCAUAGAGUUUGUAGCAACCUAUGGCCAACGAUUCCUUUCACUAUACAAAUUUGAUUUGAAAAAUGGAAGCUGGAAAAUUAAGAAACAAAAACUUGAGAUUCUACUCAAUGAAAAUAAAUUUUACAUGAGAGAAACUAGAGAGAAAGCAAACAAUAAUUAUUUCAAAGCAAGAAGUGAUUGUAAUGUUGGAACCAAACAAGUUGGGAUAUUGAGAAGAAAAUCAUUAUUAGAAGCUAAAUGUAUUGCUAAUCGCCUCCCUAAAUUCCUUUCUGAAAGGAUCCAUCCAGAUGUAGAUCCUAGUGUCCUCCAUUUUAUAGUUUAGUCAUAAGAAUUGUAUAUUUUGUGCAUCAUGUAUAUUUUUUUUUUACUCUCAUUAUAUCUCAAUUGAUAUAAUGUUAGAAAUAAAUUUGUAUCUGAUGCAUAGUUUAUUUCAGUUGUACACCAUAAAAUUUGUCAUAAUUAUAAUGACAUUUUUUUAUGGAAUGUCCACAUCUUGUAUCCAAUAAAUUUUUGUAAGUGGCAUUAUAAUUGGUCAUAAAUUAUGCCACUUAUUUUUUUUAUGACACAAUUACUGCCGCUUAUUAUGUAAUUAAAUAAAUGGAUUAUGUUCAAUCCAAUAAUAAAUUUCUCUUAUCUAUUAUAUUGCUGUGAGCAUUGUUAAGUUAGUAUAAAUAUUUUUUUUUUUUAUCUAUUAUACAUGUAAGAUAAUUACAUUUCAAUGGAAAGUAAACAGACAAUAAAUUUUGUAGUUAAAUAUUUUUGAAUGGCAAAA